AUGCUGGGUAAACGAGCUGUCUUAAUUCUCCACCCACUCAACGCAGCCGAUGCUCUUCCGCAUCGCACCCUAACUUUCACAUCUGACUCGGACUAUGUUGAAAUUGGCCGUGCCUCUAAAAGGGAAGCUAAGAAUCUUACCCCUACAGAUAAAAACGGUCUAUUUGACUCCCGGGUCAUGUCAAGAAACCAUGCUAGGCUUCGAGCGUGCCUAGAUGAGAAUGCUAUUUAUAUUUCCGAUGGUGGCUCCAUGCACGGUACAUGGGUAAACGGCAAGAAGUUGGCUCUUGGUGAAGAUACUAUAGUCAACACUGGUGACAUGAUAGUGUUUGGUACGGAGGUUGCGCGUGGACGUGAUAUGUUUCCUCCGCUGAAAGUUCGCUGUGAAUGUCGGUGGCAUGAAUCCGAAGAGAAGCCGGCACCGAAUGGCAAUGUUAAUAGUUCAAAGUUGACUACCAACACAUUUUGUGUUCCUGAUGAUGAUGAGAAUGAUGUUGAAAUUACAGUUGACUCAGCUCCAGUGAAAUUCGGAGUUGAUAGUAGUUCAGACUCCGGCCGUGGCUCAGAAGAUGGGUCGGUUGUGGAACUCUCCUCUCCACUUACUUCUCCUUAUAAAAUCACUGAUGUUGAGAUGUGCGGUUCACAACAAGCACCGAUCGAACUUGAUAAUGAGCAAACUGGACAGCCUCUCGUGACUCCAAGGAUGACACCAUCUUCUAAUGAAGGCGCUCCUGGAGUGAUAAGGCGCAGUCUCCGAAGCCCUAUUGGUGACGACGACUCCAAUGCGGGGUCCGUACUUUCCUCUCAGGGCGAUUUGGCCUCACAAUCGAACAACGAUCAGGCUUUAUCGGAAGAUGAGUCUAUGUCCAACUCAUCCUAUGAAUCUGACAUCGAGUUGUCAGACGAUGACGAAGUUUCUGAGAAACCGAAUAGUGCUUCAUUCCCUGAAGCUCAGAAGCUAGCUGAAGUGGAUGCCAUCAAGUAUACCAAGGAGACUUCAUGUCCUGGUCCUGAUGAUAAAGAGUCCCACCCAAUUAAGGCUCCAGUGAAAUCAACUGAAUUGCCACCAAAUAAUUCCAUGGGGAACGACAUCACUGGACUGCCUGGGCUUCGUCACAGUGGCAUAGGGGUCAACCCGCGGGAUAUUCUAGAACCGGAGGUGGGGAUGGCGGAGACUUAUCGCCAAAUAGUUAAUUCAGGUUGGCCGUCCACUUUCUAUGGAAGCUAUAACAGCUUUGAUCCUCUUCUGGGCAGGGCCAAGCCAUUCGAUCACUCACUCACCGGAUUCCAUUCUAACAAACAGAGUCAAGAAAACGAGGAGUGGAGAACAUCGCAGGGUAUCUCGAAUUCAUCUUGUAUCCCGAUGACAAAUGGGCAUAGCCGUGGCUCCUUUCUGGACGAGGUCUGCAGGCCCUGCGUGUCCUACAAUGACGGACCUUUCGUCAACGCAAUGUUGCCACGGAAUGUGGCUAGAGAUGGGACAAGCUCUGGGCAUGGAAUGGGUAUAAAUGGUGCAACACCAGCUACUACUGAAAACAGUGCCAUACCUGAUUAUUCCGCCAGCGAAGAACGUAACAUCCAUCCAAGACCAGAUACGCGCCUUAGAAUAGCUGAUAUUGUUUCAUACCCGCCACCAGCUCUGCAAAGAUCACAACGCAAGAGAAAGGCCGCGGAUAUGGAUAACGAUCAACUUCUAGAUGAUAACAAUGCGGCUCAAAAUGCAUACAAAUUCAACCCUACUUCGUUUAAGGAGAAUAAAUGUGUAGGGAGUGACAAUGAUGACACUUGCCUUCCUGAUGCUCAACCACAGGCCGGGGUGGAAACUAUGGAAGAUUCAUAUUCUCAACCGACAGCUUUGAGUGCUGCCAACGAGUCCCAGACUGUCGAAACUAAGUCUCAUUCUUCAACAGAAAAUGAAAGACAAGUAAAACGACAAAAAAAAUACGAUACUGUGACUGUUGGAAGCCACGCGACUACUGCGGUCCUUGGUGCUGUGAUAGGGGCCGUUGGUACCGUUGCUCUACUAGCUUCUCUUCCUUCUGAUUACUUCCUUUAG